CAACGGGCUGUUGCCGCCGGAAAGAAGUUUUUCAUCUCCUCACUCUCAGCAUCACCGGCCUUUACCGGCCUGACACCGGGGAUUUCCAUCUUUUUAUCGUCUUUCACAAUUUCGUGUUGUUUAGCUGAAAAUCGAUAGAUAGCAAGAUAAGAAUGGCCCACCCUGAUGUGACAAAGGAGGUGUUCCUCUGGGGAAUGUCUGUCAUCUAUCUGUUCGCCUUCGCAUCACUCUAUUACCAAAUACCAGGUCUAUAUGGAGACAAGGGCAUUUUGCCUAUCAAGCCAGAACUGAAAUAUGAGUGCAAAGAUGGAUCAGAGCACUGCUCGUCAUGGGCCGGGCGAGGGGAGUGUGACAGGAACCCUGACUACAUGCUGAAACAGUGCCAGAAAAGCUGCAAAGUGUGCACAGCCUCUCGUGCGCGGCGUCUACGCCUCUCGUGCGGCGGCGGUCUCGCCUCGCGUCGCGGCGUUCUCGCCUCUUGCGCGUCCACGUCUUCACUCUCGUCGCGAACGUCUCACCUCUCCGUCGCGGCGUCUCACCUCUCGUGCGGCGCGUCUGCCUCUCGUCGCGGCGUCUCGCCCUCGCGUCGGCGCGUCUCGCCUCUCGUCGCGGCGUCUCGCCUCUCGUCUCGGCGCCUCGUGCGCGGCGUCCUCACCUGCGUGUCGCGACCACCUCUGCACGACGACGUCUCGCGUUCAGACAACAUGCUGCCGACAGAAGCCGACGUUGCUGUGGUUGCUGCCGAUGGCGGGGCUAGGAUGAGGUUGACAGCAUGGAGCCUGCUGGCAUUGUGCGCAUCGUCAUCGCUCUCCGUCGGCUGGUCCGUAUCGAAGGCCAUGAGGAGCGCUGACUCGUUCCUGCUGCUGUGGGGGCUGUACUUCUCCUGCUACCAGGUUGGACAAACAUUCAUGUGGUUUCAAUGGGACAUUCUUCUGCUAGAGGCAGGCUUCAUUACGAUCCUUGUCGCGCCGUUCAACCUCGUCAAGUUCGGUCGCUGGGCGACGCGGUCGCGUUACCACGACAACAUCACGCUGUGGCUCGUCCGCUGGCUGCUGUUCCGCCUCAUGUUUGCCUCGGGCGUCGUGAAGCUGCAGAGUCAGUGCCCCACCUGGUGGGGACUCACAGCGAUGGAAUAUCAGCUACGAGUCUCAGUCGCCAUCACGACGCCGCCGCUAUAUAGCGUGCGGGUCACGCCACACAGCUAUUCGCCUCCGAAUGGCUUCAGAAGCCUGUCGACGGUCAUCGUGUACCAGUUUCCUCAUGGUGGGAAUCUACUCACAGGCAACUAUAACUUCUUCAAUCUGCUCACGAUCGUUCUCUGCGUAACCUCUCUAGAAGACUUCUUCUUCACGGUCGUGGACCUACAGGUAAACAACACAGGUAGUCACUGCUUAAUCAAUACCUGGGUAAACAACACAGGUUACGAGAUGGUGCGCUUCGUGCCCGCAUCCCUGCGCGAGCUCGUUGCUCUCAUGCUGGAGGCUGCGUUUGCCGGAUCUCUCCUCUUCUACGCUCACAAGCUGUUCUCACUCAGCCUCGACACAACCCGCUGGAAGGUCGACUCGAAAGUCGUGUUCACGCCGCAGCAGCUGGACUGGUUCGUGAGGCAGGUGCUGCCGUUGUCGAUCAUCAUGGGAGCCGCGUCUCUCUCGCUGGAAGUCUGCGACACCAUCGUCAAGUCGCUGAAGUACGAGAGGAAGCUGAUGCGGAGGCUGUGGGCUCUCCUCGGCACCAUCGUCUUCUCCGCAGCGGCCUUCUCCAUGUUCUCCAUAAGCUUGGUGUCGCUGACGACACUAGAUGACGCUGUGCAGAAGCGGCUUCCGCAGCCGGUCAUGUACCUGUAUGGUAAGCAGCGACCGUUCACACUGACCUCGUCCUACGGAUUGUUCAGAAGGAUGACGGGCGUUGGUGGCCGCCCGGAGCUGAUCCUAGAGGCCAGCAAUAACCUGGAGAGGGGAUGGAAGGAGUACUCCUUCCUGUACAAACCCGGAAACAUAUCCACCGCCCCUCCCGUCGUCUUUCCUCACCAGCCGAGGCUCGACUGGCAGAUGUGGUUUGCGGCACUGGGACAUCACGAGCGCAAUCCCUGGUUCCUCAGCCUCGUCCAGCGCCUGCUGGAGGGAGAACCCACCGUUUUACAGCUAAUGGGCCCACAGCCAUUCAAGAAGGCGCCAAAGUACAUCAGAGCUUCAGUGUAUCACUAUCAUUACACGACAGCUAAGAAAGGAACAAGCACGUCUAAGAACUGGUGGUGGCGGGAGAAGAAGCGUGAAUACCUGCCGGCCGUCACCCUGGACAGCAAGCUCAUGCUAACUCACGCCAAGACUGCAGGAUUACAGGAGGAGCGCAGCAGAACGGCCAACGUUCUCAUCAAGCAAGCUCUCGACUACCUGAGGUUCCACGUCAACCAGCUGACAGCUAGCGCCCUCGUGUGGGCGCUCUUCCUCUCGACCGUCGUCGUCAUGCUGGUGCGGCCGGGCCGACGGCUGUAAACCACGAUGAGGCUACGUGGCGCCCCCUGCCUGACGCUCGGUGGCGCCCCCUGCCUGAUGCUCGGUGGCGCCCCCUGCCUGAUGCUCGGUGGCGCC